AUGGCAACCACUCAAAUGUUAAGUGCCGGUAGCACUGCCGUCCUACUGGCACCCAAGAGCUCGCUAGGAGUCCCUAGCUUCCAGGGCCUUGCUGGAGCCAAGUCCUUGACAUCGUCACCGAAACUGGUGGUUUCCAGAGCUGUCAACAGCAGACGGACAGCAACACGGACACUUGUUGUGGCGGAUUCGGAUUACAGGAGAGAGAGCGGAGGCGGGUUCUUCCCUGGCUUCAUUCUAGGUGGUGUUGUAUUCGGCGCCCUCGGCUACUUGUUCGCUCCUCAGAUCUCGAAGGCCAUUCUCGGAAUAAACGAGGAGGGUUCCGCGCCGAAACUUCCGAAGUGGAUAAGCGAGAGUGAUAGCCUCGAGGAGAAGCGGAGGAAAAUGAAUGAAAAGCUUGCCGAGCUGAACCGAGCAAUCGACAAGACGUCGGCAGAGCUGAAGGGGAGUGACUUUGCUGAAGCUCCUACCAAUAGGCGCACUCCAAACUCGUUCGUCCUCUGUCCGCUCCCCCCCCCCCCGUCGCCCUCUCUUUCUCCGCCCUCCCCGUCGCCCUCGCUCUCCCCCCUCCCCUCCCCUCCCAACGCCCUCUCUUUCUCUUCCGUUCGCUCUCCCUCCCGUCGCCUUCGCCCUCACGGUACCGUCGCCUGUCCGCUCUCCCUCACGUCGCCUUUCCGCUCCCCCUCCCCUCGCCUUCGCGCUCUCCCUCCCGUCACCUUCGCGCUCUCCCUCCUGUCGCCUAUCCGCUCUCCCUCCCGUCGCCUUCACGCUCUCCCUCCCGUCGCCUGUCCACUCUCCUUCCCAUUGCCUGUCCGCUCUCCCUCCCCUUGCCUUAGCGCUCUCCCUCCUCGUCGCCCUCUCAUUCUCCUCUCCCUCCCGUCGCCUGUCCGCUCUCCCUCCCGUCGCCUUCACGCUCUCCCUCCCGUCGCCUGUCCACUCUCCUUCCCAUCGCCUGUCCGCUCUCCCUCCCCUCGCCUUCGGGCUCUCCCUCACUUCGCCUGUCCGCUCUCCCUCCCCUCGCCUUGGCGCUCUCCCUCCCGUCGCCUGUCCGCUCUCCCUCCCGUCGCCUUCGCGCUCUCCCUCCGGUCGACUUUCUCCUUCCCCACUUUAUCUCCUAUCGCUCACGGCCUCCCCUCCCAUUGGCAUCGCGCUCACGUUCCUCCCUCCCCUCGCCAUCGCGCUCACGGCCUCCCUUCCUAUUAUGUCUCGCGCCAUCAUCGAAGCCAGCAAGCACGUCUCGCGCCGUCGCUAUCUCCGAUCACGUCUCGCACCGUCGCUAUUUCCCCCCGUCACCCCGUCGCGCUCGCUAUUCCCCCCCCUCUUCCCGUCGCGCUCGCUAUUGUCAAACUAUAUGUGCUGCAUAUUGUCUAG